AUGUCAGAAAUCGCACCCGGCACGACAACCAUCCUAGCAUUAGAUUUUGGUACGACAUAUUCGGGUGUGGCCUGGGCUCAAAUUUCUGCGCCCGAGUCUCCUUGUCUGAUCAAUCAAUGGCCGGUCGACAAUUCGGAAUCGUUAGGGGGUACGACAAGCGAAAAAGUGCCCACGGAGCUGGCAUUUUCGUACGAAAGACCUUCGAGGAGAAUUCUCUGGGGCUUUCAAAUUCCAGAUGAGAUGCCUCGUCUUCACUGGUUUAAGCUCAGGCUGGACCCCGACCAGAAAGAGCACAUCAUCCCUUCUCUGGCCAAAUUCCAUAAAGAUUGGAAACAAAUGAGCUUACCCCAUCAUGCCACGAUAGAGAGCGUGCCGACAGACUAUCUCCGGUCCCUCCUCAAUCAUGUGCACAGCGUCUUAAAGAUUCAACUCGGUCCAGCCUUUGAUACAAUGGUCUUUGCCCACGUCAUCACUGUUCCUGCAAUGUGGACUGGAAAGGCACAGGCUCGUCUGAGUGAUACACUGGAUUACGCGAUGAAACGCUUCGAUGCUUACGCCAAGAGACAGUUUACCGGUGAUACAACGGAUAUCUUUAGCUUUCCUGUCCAUGGUAUCGCCGAUGAUGUAGAGCUCAAAGUCCACCGGGGAAUGCUGAGGGUGUCAGGAGAGGAGAUGCGUGCCAUCUUCUUGCCUGUGCUUGACGAAGUAGUGAGGCUCACAAACCAACAGAUCAAAUUAUCCAAAAGCUCCAUGAAAGCCGCUCUUGUGGUUGGAGGUUUCGGGCAGAAUCAAUUUAUUCGUAAUCACAUUCAAGAAAAUAUCCCGUCGGACGUGAGAGUGCUCGCACCACCAGACGGUUGGACUGCCGUCGUCAGAGGAGCUUUGGCAAAAGUUCUCUCGCAAGCGUCCCCUUCGAUCCCUCGAAUCGUGAUAUCUUCUCGUGUUGCUCGCAUGCACUAUGGACAUGUCAUGUCCGUGCCAUAUGACAUCCAGAAACACGACACCAACCGAGCGUAUUGGGAUUACUACGAAGGAAGACGUUACAUUAGUGUGAUGAACUGGUUCAUUCAUCAAGGCGACUCAAUCAGCGAGACGGCACCUAUCAUCACCUACUGGGAAAGAAAGUCUCUAGUCUCACAAGGACGGCCCAAAGUACUCACCACGGUAUUCUAUGAAAUCCACACAUCAAAUGGGCGAGAGCCUCCCCUGUACCUCAAUCGCCGCGUCCGACAGCAUGCCACUAUGAAAGCAGAACUCGACGACGACCUCCAAAGAAGAAUUCCUAUUAAGACUGGACAAGAUGGUGAGAAAUAUUAUUUCAUCGACUAUGCAUUUCAUGCGCACUACUUCUCCGCGCAUUGCGAUGUUUCGCUCUGGUAUGAGGGACGGCAUCAGGGUAGCGCUCAGAUCACAUACCUUUGA